UUUGCUUUGACGGUCUCGUGUGAAUCACGUCCUUUACGUACAGCAAUUGGCGUAGUGUACUGGUUCAGUGAGUUGUGGGGAGUGUAUUUUUUCUUCCAGAGGGAAUGUCAAGCUCAGAAGUCCUGGUUGGUGAAGUGGAGGGUAACUGCAGCAUAAUGGCUCAACAGAAGAACCUGGAGGGCUAUGUGGGUUUUGCUAAUCUCCCCAACCAAGUUUACAGGAAAUCAGUGAAGAGAGGCUUUGAGUUCACUCUGAUGGUUGUGGGAGAAUCUGGCCUGGGGAAGUCCACUCUGAUCAACUCGCUCUUUCUCACCGAACUGUACUCCCCAGAAUACCCCGGUCCUUCCCACAGAAUCAAAAAAACUGUCCAGGUGGAGCAGUCCCAGGUUCUGAUAAAGGAAGGAGGGGUCCACCUUCUGCUGACCAUCGUUGAUACUCCUGGCUUUGGGGAUGCCGUGGAUAAUAGUGACUGCUGGCAGCCGGUGACCGACUACAUCGACAAUAAGUUUGAAGACUUCCUCAACUCAGAGUCGCGGGUCAACAGGCGGCUGAUGCCGGACAGCAGAGUGCACUGCUGCCUGUACUUCAUCGCUCCGUCUGGUCAUGGGUUGAAGCCGCUAGACAUUGAAUUCAUGAAGCGGUUACAUGAAAAAGUCAACGUCAUUCCUCUCAUCGCCAAAGCUGACACAAUGACUCCAGAAGAGUGUCAACAGUUCAAAAAACAGAUCAUGAAAGAAAUCCAUGAGCAUAAAAUCAAAAUGUACGACUUCCCAGAGACGGACAACGAGGAAGAGAUGAAAAUUAUAAGAAAAAUCAAGGAUCGUUUGCCUCUCGCUGUAGUUGGCAGCAACACAAUCAUCGAGGUCAACGGGAAGCGGGUCCGGGGCAGGCAGUACCCCUGGGGCGUGGCUGAAGUUGAAAAUGGAGACCACUGUGAUUUUACUAUUCUCCGUAACAUGCUGAUAAGGACUCAUAUGCAGGACCUGAAGGAUGUCACUAACAACGUCCACUAUGAGAACUACCGCAGCAGGAAGCUGGCUGCUGUCACCUAUAAUGGUGUUGACAACAAUAAGAACAAGGGCCAGCUAACCAAACCUGACACACCUGAUGGCAUGAGCCCGCUAGCUCAAAUGGAGGAGGAGCGACGCGAACAUGUCGCCAAGAUGAAGAAAAUGGAGCUGGAAAUGGAGCAAGUGUUUGACAUGAAGGUCAAAGAGAAGGUGCAGAAGCUCCAAGACUCUGAAGCGGAGCUCCAGAAGCGUCAUGAGCAGAUGAAGAAAAAUCUGCAAGCUCAGUACAAAGAGCUGGAAGAGAAGCGUCGUCAGUUUGAGGAGGAGGUGAACACCUGGGAGACCCACCAGAGGAUCCUGGAGCAGCAGAAGCUCGAACUUAACAGGACCAUUGACAAGGGCAAGAAGAAGAAGAUCUUUUAAUCUUUCUCUGGACCGUUGGUUCUAAUCUGCCAAGCUGCCAAUCUACUCCCACCUUUUGACCACCUUACUGUGUGACUAUCAAGUGAAAGCCAGUGGGCAGCAUAGUCUGAGUUUAACCUUAAAUAACCCUCAUUAUCUCUUUUCUGGAUCUAUUUUGGGACACACAAAUGUAUGCAAAGAAGCAUGAAUACAGUUUUAUCUUCCUGAUUCAAACAGAUGGAGUUCAGUCAUUCUUUGCCCUUUGUUCUUCUGCUUUGGGAAUAUUUCAUGCUGCACAAUCUUUUCAAGCCGAAACGCAAGCAAAGGGUCAGCCCACCACUUCCUGUACACUCAAAGUGUGAAGCUGCAGUUAACAUGAGCCACUGCUGCUUGAACUAAAACUGUAACCAAGUUUCAGUGUUUACUCAUGAUUGUUCAUAAUGUCUUCCCUUCUGUUCUUUCCUGUUGGCCUGUGUAUAGAGAUGGUGUUUAAUGCAAGUGUUGUAGAUGAUGUUGCCCCUGGAAACCAAACAGACUCCUCAGUGGGCUCACGCAGAGCAGAACGAAUCAGGAAAGGGCAUUGUGCAGUCGGUGCUUAGAUUAGACUUUUGGAGAUUCUACAGAUUUUGCAUAAGAAUAUUUUCCAACAGAAACUUCCUUUGAAAGAUGAAGCAGACAGUUUGUCCUGCUUCAGGUUGACAGUAAGCAUCAGUUGGACUGCAUCUAUUUUUGUAAUGUUAUCUUUUAAUGAACAAAGUCACAAAAUAAAACUGUGAUGUGGAAAAUAGAGGAUAUUCAUUGUAAGUCACAACAUUUUAAAGAGUUUCAUCGCACAAUAACUUUCAAUACAAAUAGAUUAGUGAGGAAAAAAUUUUGUAGCCUUUAGUUAGCCAGCUGGCCAGAAGUGUGCAGUAACAGGUGGGGAAAGGGCAGCACUUUGUGCUUCUGGACACUUCACCACAUUCUCUCAUAAAAGUCACUUUAAUCAGAAAUACUGCAGUUUGGAAAGUGUCACUUGAAGCCAAUGUUUUAACGUUGGCUUAAAUUAAAGUGACUGCCAGCCCAGUGUACUGAUGUAACGUAUUGAGCUCAUUUCACGUUAGCUUUGUGCUACAGGUUUGGAGUUGACUGCAGGAAUUUAGCACAACAGUACAAGAUGUUAGCAAAUAAAAUGUAGUUAUUUUGUCUGGGUUCAAGGUCAUCUUCAGUGUUAGUUUGGUUGAAGGUCGAGGUUUUCUGCACACAAACCAAAGAGCCAGUUGACACCAGAAAAACUUGUAAGCUGAGUUGUGCGGUGGCUCUAUUUUGAUGCAUUGAAAAUGCUUUUAUUCACAUAUUUAUUAUCUACAGUUCAUAUAAAAAGUGUUUCAUCCUUUGGAUAUUUUACCCUUUUAUUGCUUUUACAAAUGAAUGUUUUUGGGGGGUUCUUUGACAAAAAAAACAACUUUUUUGUCAAAGGAAAAACUGACUUUUACUAAAUUAUGAAAAAUAAAAUAACCUAGUCAGUAGGUUAUUGUAUCAGUCAGCUGCAACCUUUUUAGUCAGUCAGCUGACUUUUUUUAGUUCACUGACUGAGUAAAAAACCUGUAAAGUUAGACCUUUUACAAGUUAAACUUUUUUAGGCAGAUCUGUAAAGACACUGUUGCAGUAAUCAAUGUGACUAAAGAUAAACACAUCAUGGAUGGGUUUCUCUAGAUCUUGAUGGGACAUUAGUCCUCUGAUCCUGUUCUUCAGGUGAUGGAAGGAUGAUCUUGUAAAUGUCUUUGUGUCUCUGAAAGUUCAGGUCAGAGUUCAUCACUACACCUAGAUUUCAGCCUAAUCUGUAGUUUCUAUCUGUAAAACUGAAGCUGAGUGUUGACUGUUGAUCUGGAGAAAGUUGUGGCACAUCCACACAUUUAUCCGUUUUCAACAUCUGUUCAAUGAUUGGAUGACAUCAGGGUCUUUGCACAUUCAUGUGGAAAACGCAUGAAAAAGAGAAAUGUAGAACUCAUUCAGAUCACAACAGAUUUUUGAUUGUUGGAUUAUCAUGAUGCUCCCGCAGGCCAUGGUAGAAAGUCACAUAAUCUAUAUGAAAAAUCCUCUCUGUUGUUAAUGUUCUCUGUGACCAGAGCCGUUUCGCUGGCAUCAAAUAGAAAGAUAAACAGAUCAAAUGCCACCAACCUUUAGGAUAUUGUGGCCUGAAAGCAAAACGUUUUACAGAUUUCCCAGCAGGUGGCAGCAUAACAUUCCAAAACUAUUUCUUGAUAGUAAGAGAUUGAACCUGUCCCUUAAUGAGCCAUAUUUCUGUGUCUGAACUUUUAUUGCUUUUACUGCAAUUUUGUGGAGCAACGGCAAUCCAACCUCCUCCAGACCCCCAUUUCUAUUGCCCUUUGACCAAUCAAGCAGAUGUCAGUCAUGCUAUUCAUCCUAAAGGAAAGAUUAAAGGUCUUAUUAAAAGCACAA